AUGACUCAAUCUGGACUGGUCAUGCAAAGCAAGUUAGCAGAAUUUGGGUUGAGGUUGGAUCCAAUUUCCCUCUUACUUUUUGUCCUUAGCAUGGAGUACUUCUCUAGAUUGAUGCUGCAAAACACAAGAGCUGAUAAUACUUCCAUUAAGAUAGUUAAAGAGACCCUGAGAACCUUUGCAAAGACUUUUGGAUUACAUCCAAAUCAUAACAAAAGCACCAUUUUCUUUGAUGGUGUUCCUGAUACCAGUAAGAGUGAGAUCCUAAGCUUAAUAGGUUUCCAGGAGGGGAAGCUGCCAGUUAAGUACUUGGGGCUACCCCUGGUCUCUUCUAGAUUUUCUAAUGACCACUGCAAUGGCUUAAUCCAGAGAAUAACAACUAGAGUUAAUAGCUGGUCAGCAAAAAGUCUGUCCUUUGCUGGCAGGCUUCAGCUAAUAAAUUCAGUCUUGCUAAGUAUGCAGAUCUACUGGUGUUCUGUGUUCUUGCUUCCUAAGGCAGUGAUUAAAGGGGUAGAAUCAAUCUGUAGAGAGUUCCUUUGGAAUAAUCAGAAUUCUAAUAGGAAAAGUGGGCCAGUAGGAUGGAAGAAUGUUUGCACAGGAAAGUGCUAUGGUGGAUUAAGGAUUAAAUCAGUGCUUAUUUGGAAUAAACCAGCUUUAGUAAAGCAUAUCUGGGGAUUAAUCACCCAUAAGCCUUCGUUAUGGGCUACUUGGGUGACUGAGAAUAAGCUUAAAAGAUUAAGCUUCUGGGGGAUUGAUAAACACUAUGAUUUCUCUUGGGCAUGGAGACAACUUUUAAAGCUAAGAAAUAGUAUUAAAGAUAAGUUUGAGUAUCAGCUAGGUAAUGGAGAGAGGUUUUCUUUUUGGCAGGAUCCUAGGGUAGAUGGACUAUCUCUUACUGAUAGGUUUCCAGGAAUAAACAUCAAGGACUCUGAUGUUUCUAAAUAUGCAAAUGUAUCAAGACAGAUUCCAAGACACUCAUUUAUUAAGUGGAUGGCUUUGUUGGGUCGCCUGAACACUAAAGACAAAAUAAUGAAGUUUUCUUCUAAUAUUUGGGAGAAAGUCUUACAAAUCUCUGAUAGAGCUAGACAGAGCUUCACUUGGAAAAGAGAAGUAAGCUAUAUUGUUAGAAGAGCAAAAGGAAAAUCCAUUAGGGCAAAGUUGAUGAAAAUGUGGUUCAAUGCAUCUGUAUACCACAUAUGGAUGACAAGGAACAAAAUUGUGUUUGCUCAGGAAACUCAGACAGUAGACCAAGUCUUCAAAAGAAUUACAGCAGAUGUUAGAAAUAGGCUUUGA